AUGGCUGACAAACGUAUGGAAGCCAGCAAAUCCAAAGUCCCUGGAGCAAACGUCAGGCUGGAGACUUUUCCUGGCUUCCGCAACCACAGGCCCAGGGGAACUGGGGGGUCUACCAUUGGCUUGAGUCCGACCCCUCUUCAUCACACGCUGCCACCUGUCUCCUCAAUGGCUGGCAACACCAAGAACCACCCGAUGCUCAUGAACCUUCUUAAAGAUAAUCCUGCCCAGGAUUUCUCAACCCUUUAUGGAAGCAGCCCUUUAGAAAGGCAGAACUCCUCUUCUGGCUCACCCCAGAUGGAAAUGUGCUUGGGAAGCAACAAAACAAAGAAGAAAAAAUCAUCAAGGUUACCACCUGACAAACCCAAGCACCAGACUGAAGAUGACUUUCAGAGGGAGCUAUUUUCAAUGGAUGUUGACUCACAGAACCCGAUCUUUGAUGUCAACAUGACAGCUGACACUUUGGAUACUCCACAUAUCACUCCAGCUCCAAGCCAGUGUAGCACUCCCCCAACAACUUACCCACAACCAAUACCUCACCCCCAGACCAGUAUUCAAAGGAUGGUCCGACUAUCCAGUUCAGACAGCAUUGGCCCAGAUAUAACUGAUAUCCUUUCAGACAUUGCAGAAGAAGCCUCUAAGCUUCCCAGCACUAGUGAUGAUUGCCCACCCAUUGGCACCCCUGUUUGAGAUUCUUCAAGCUCUGGGCAUGCUCAGAGUGCUCUCUUUGACCCUGAUGUCUUUCAAACCAAUAAUAAUGAAAAUCCAUACACUGAUCCAGCUGACCUUAUUGCAGAUGCUGCUGGAAGCCCCAGUAGUGACUCUCCUACCAAUCAUUUCUUUCCUGAUGGAGUAGAUUUCAAUCCUGAUUUAUUGAACAGCCAGAGCCAAAGUGGUUUCGGAGUAGAAUACUUUGAUGAAAGCAGCCAAAGUGGGGAUAAUGAUGAUUUCAAAGGAUUUACAUCCCAGGCACUAAAUACUUUGGGGAUGCCAAUGCUUGGAGGUGAUAAUGGAGAAACUAAGUUUAAAAGCAACAGCCAAGCUGACACAUUUGAUUUCAGUAUUAUAGCAGUGGUUGGUAAGGCUUUGGGUCCUGCAGAUAUUAUGGAGCAUCACAGUGGUAGCCAGAGUCCUUUACUGACCACUGGGGAUUUAGGAAAAGACAAGACACGCAGUUCAGGAAGAUCUCAGACUCCUCCAGGUGUUGCUACACCACCCAUUCCCAAAAUCACUAUUCAGAUUCCCAAGGGGACAGUGAUGGUAGGCAAGCCCUUUUCUCAUAGUCAGUACACCAGCAGUGGUUCUGUGUCUUCCUCAGGCAGCAAAAGCCACCAAAGCCAUUCUUCUUCUUCUUCCUCAUCUUCUGCUUCCACCUCAGGAAAGAUGAAAAGCAGUAAAUCAGAAAGUUCUUCAGGUUCCAAGUUAAGUAGCAGUAUGUAUUCUAGCCAGGGGUCUUCUGGAUCUAGCCAGUCUAAAAAUUCAUCCCAGUCUGGGGGAAAGCCAGGCUCCUCUCCCAUUACCAAGCAUGGACUGAGCAGUGGUACCAGCAGCACCAAGAUGAAACCUCAAGGGAAGCCAUCAUCACUUAUAAGUCCUAUAAGUAAACCAAACAUAUCCCCUUCUCAUUCAAGGCCACCUGGAGCCUCUGAUAAGCUUGCCUCUCCAAUGAAGGCUGUUCCGGGGACUCCCCCAUCUAAAGCCAAGUCCCCUAUCAGUUCAGGUUCUGGUGGUUCUCAUAUAUCUGGAACUAGCUCUGGUAUGAAAUCAUCUUCAGGGUUAGGAUCCUCAGGCUCAUUGUCCCAGAAAACUCCCCCAUCAUCUAAUUCUUGUGCAGCAUCAUCCUCUUCCUUUUCUUCAAGUGGCUCUUCCAUGUCAUCCUCUCAGAACCAGCAUGGGAGUUCCAAAGGGAAAUCUCCCAGCAGAAAUAAGAAACCGUCCUUAACAGCAGUCAUAGAUAAACUGAAGCAUGGAGUUGUCACCAGUGGUCCUGGGGGUGAAGACCAGAUGGAUGUUCAGCUGGGGGUGAGCACAAAUUCUAGUCAUCCCAUGUCCUCCAAACAUAACAUGUCAGGAGGAGAGUUCCAGGGCAAGCGUGAGAAAAGUGAUAAGGACAAAUCAAAGGUUUCCACCUUGGGAGUUUCAGUGGAUUCUUCCAAGAAGACUUCAGAGUCAAAAAAUGUAGGGAGCACAGGUGUGGCCAAGAUUAUCAUCAGUAAGCAUGAUGGAGUCCCCAGCAUUAAAGCCAAAGUGACUUUGCAGAAACCUGGGGAAAGUGGUGGAGAAUGGCUCAGGCCUCAGAUGGCCUCUUCCAAAAACUAUGGCUCUCCACUGAUCAGUGGUUCCACUCCAAAGCAUGAGCGUGGCUCUCCCAGCCAUAGUAAGUCACCAGCAUACCCCCAGAAUCUAGACAGUGAAAGUAAGUCAGGCUCCUCCAUUGCAGAAAAAUCAUAUCAGACCAGUCCCAGCUCAGAUGAUGGUAUCCGGCCACUUCCAGAAUACAGCACAGAGAAGCAUAAGAAGCACAAAAAAGAAAAGAAGAAAGUAAAAGACAAAGACCGGGAUGGGAACAGGAUAAAGACAGAGACAAUAAAAAGUCUUUGCAUGAAGGCAGAGAAUUGGUGUAAAUCACCCAUCUCUUCAGACCAGCUCUUGUCUAUAACAAGUAACACGAUCUUAUCUGCAGACAUACUCUCAAGGCUCAGCCCUGACUUUAUGAUUGGGGAGGAAGAUGAUGAUCUUAUGGAUGUGGCCCUGAUUGGCAAUUAG